GGUGUAUUUGACAAAAUCUUGAGUGAAUGGGAAAGAUGCAUGAGUGCACACAACUUUGAUUUAUCAUAUUUAAUAUCAAUUGACGGUAGAUUAAUUAUGAGAAAUAAGUUUGACGAAUGGGUUAACUGUUGUUCAACUUGUGAUAAUGGUUCAUUACAGAUUAUAAGCUGGAAAGAAUUGUAUCCGUUAUAUGAAAUAUUCGACUCACCUCUUCUCCAAAAAAUCGAAUCAAUUAUUGGAAUUAACGGCCAAUCAAAUCUCAGAGCACUCGCAACAGGAACUAUUCCAGUUAAGAAUUCGCCUUUUUGCUAUCGCGUAAAUUUUCCCGUUCGCCUCAAAUCAAAUGAAUAUCAAAUUUUCGGAAAAUUUAUGAUGAAAGACGGAAAACCAUUUAUUACAAAAGACAGAAAACCAAUUGAAGUGAUUUUAAAAUUUAAAUCUAUGGAUAUAUGUGGAUUUUUAGUGUUUAUAGAGAAUUUGGAUGAAAAUGUGACUUGGAUAUUGAUUGGAAUACCUGCUAAAGUAGGAUAUUUCAGUACAAAUACACAAAAUAUUAACAUAUUGUGUUCGGGAAAUACUUCAUUUUUGCCAGAAUUGCAAGAUAAUGAUAGUGGAAUUGCUCAAAACUCAAAAUUUAUUGCCUCUAUUAUACUGGAUGUUCCAAAAGAUCUACCAAAGGAUUCAAUUUCGAUCACUUCAUUUAAGUAUCCUCCUUUAAAUUAUGAACCGAAUUUCACAGCCAAUAUUCAAAGUUCUCAGAAUGAUAAAAUUAAAAUUAAUAUAUACGAUAAUAUAAGUGAUGAGGAUAAUGAAGGCUACGAAUCGUCUAAUAGCGAUUAUAAGAGUGCUAUUGGUUUUGAUAGGGAAGUCGAAAAUUCACAUAAUAGUGAAGUUCCUGAAGGCAAUUUGAUUCAGAAAUUGAAAUAUUCAAUCGAGUGGUGCGUUCUUAGUAGAGGUGAUUCAUCUGAAACGUUGGUUUACUUGGAUGCUAUAGGCAAUAAAGUCAAUUUUCAUGGCGAUAAAGUAAUAUUUAAAGAAGAUCUGAUGAAACCAAGAAAAAGGAAAAAAAUAGGUGAUAAAAUUGAUUAUGAAAUAAACCUCGAUAACAAAAUCGAUUAUGUUAUUUAUUUUCAUGGCGAAAUGUUUAAAGAUGCAAUAAAAUCUAAUGAAAUCAAAAAAAAACGAAAGAUCGACGAUAAUAAUGUACGUUUAUGUGAUGUUGCUGAUGGUUUUCAAGUAGUUGGAGAGGCAGCUCAACCAUUUCUUUAA